UGUUAGUCCUCUCGCUGGCUUUACGCGUGCUCUCCAAGCACGAGCCUGUCUGCGCGUGCUGUUCAGACUGCAGGAAGCGAAGCAGCAGAGACACAGAAACACGUUUAACGUGUAUUCACGUGAACCCACGCACAUUUCGACAAAGUUUGUGGAUGAGACUGUUUUAAACGGACAAAGACAAAGAGAGCUGCAGCCUCGGACUGUCCACAACCUACAUGAAAAAAAAACUGCGAGAGAGGAACGAAGAUCUGCUCACCGGUGUGAAAUCCUGGGAUGCUUGACCGACCCGUGCCCCAUGCUUUUCUAAGGCCUCCAGAAGCUGAAGACAGGGCGUCAUUGACAGAGCGAGUGACCCCUCUGAGCUGCCACCAUGGCCCUGGUUCAGGCUCUGCCCAUAUCUGGUGAGCCCCACAACCCAGGCCACAGCGGAGGGGCCCGCAGGCGACACCCCUCCGGCUCCUCACCCCCCAUCAACGCACCGCCUUCCACUCUGGAGCCUAUGGGUUCUGUCAGCAGCCUCAUCGCCAACCGCCCCGGUCCCUACCAGGACCACCGUUCCGGUGUUGAGCUGGGAGCCAGGGUCCGAAGGCCCACGCCAGGCGCCUCCUGCCUGGGCUCCGAGUCGCCCCAGGACUCCUUACUGGAGAGCAUUAAGGAACAGACGAGAACAGAACAGCUCAAGAAACAGAGCUCCACAACGUCCAGCAGGGGGCUGGAGAAGGAGAGCGGGAACGGGAACUAUACGUAUCUGAACGAGGACUAUGUGGGUGACUGGAAUGACAACCACGUGAUGCCUGCCAGCCCAGGGAGCGACAUAGACGAGCUUAAAGAAGGGUUAGGGUUGAAUGGGAAUAUGGGGGGACCUCCUCCAAAACUGAUCCCUGUGUCAGGAAAACUUGAGAGGAACAUGGAGAAAACAGUGCUGCGGCCCACUGCCUUCAAACCCGUCAUUCCCAAGAGCCGUACCUCCAUGCAGUACCUCUCCCCUCGCCACUGUGCCAACGUCUCAGAAAGCCAAAACAACUUGAACCUGCUCAGCCCCACCCACAGAGACGUGUCGCCCUCCUCCUCCGCCUCUGAGAAAUGCAGCUUGUACAGCCGGACCCGGAACAGCGGAGGCGGCAGCAACCAGUCCUGUCAGCUGUCCGACUCCGGACGCAACUCCCUCGCCAGCCUUCCACCUUACAGCAACGCCGCCAGCUACAGUCAGGCGCCGGGAGAGGCCGCUGCAGGCCACCUGGAGCCCUUGAAAAGUGCCCCACCUGUCAGCGGACACGGACACUCCAACUCGGACAGCGGCCGCUCAUCUUCCAGUAAGAGUACGGGCUCCGGCUCGAUAAGUGGCCGAGGACAACCUCUGUCUGACAACGGGUCCAGCGGGCGCUCCCCUGGCCCGGUGGAGGGUUAUGAGGGGGUGGUGAGGGACCUGGAGGACAAGCUGAGGGAAAGAGAGCUGGAGCUGCAGCAACUCCGAGACAACCUGGAUGAGAAUGAAGCUGCGAUCUGUCAGGUUUAUGAGGAGAAGCAGAAGCGCUUCGAGCUGGAGCUGGAGGAGCUGAGACAGGGCUGUGCCACCAGGAUGCAGGUGGCCUCGCAGAAGGCCCAGCGAGCCCAGCAGGUGCUUCAGUUGCAGGUGUAUCAGCUCCAGCAGGAGAAGAAGAAGCUGCAGGAGGACUUUGCUCAGCUCCUGAAGGAGAGGGAGCAGCUCGAGGAGCGCUGCACCUCCUACGAGCACGAGAAGAUCCAGCUGGGGCCCCGGCUGGAGGAGAGCAAGUGGGAGGUCUGUCAGAAGUCGGGGGAAAUCUCGUUGCUGAAGCAGCAGCUGAAGGAGGUGCAGGGAGAGUUGGCCCAGCGUGUCGGAGAGAUCGUUUCACUGCGGGGUCAACUCCGAGAGACUCGCGGCGAGCUGACCAACACCCAGGUCCUCCUCCAGGAGGCCCACGGCACCACCCGGACACGAACCCUGGAGCUGGAGGUGUGCGAGAACGAGCUCCAGCGCCGCAAGAGCGAAGCGGAGCUGCUCAGAGAAAAGGUCGGACGACUCGAGGCGGAGCUGGUUCAUCUCAGAGAUGCUCUGGCCAAUCAGGGCCCGGGAAACAGACAGUGUCAGGUGUUCCAGGAAGCAGAGGAGCACCUGCUCGCCUACGAGAGCGACGAGGCGAAGGCCCAGCGGCAGAGCAGCACCGAGGCGCUGGAGAAAAUGAAGGCGCAGAUGGACAGGAUGAAGUCCGAGCUGACCUUCGAGCGUCAGCGGGCCGAGCAGCAGACGGGAAGCUUCGAGGAGGAGCGCAAGAUAUGGCAGGAGGAGAAGGACAAAGUUAUCCGCUACCAGAAACAGCUGCAGCAGAACUACGUGCAGAUGUACCGCAGGAACCGAGAGCUGGAGCAGCUCCUGCAGGAGCUCAGUCAGGAACUGGAGAGCAGAGAGGAGGACGAGGGCAGCGGCAACGAGAUCAACUUUGACGAGAUCGCCGCCACGGAAAUCUGACCCUCGUCUCUCUCCCUCCAUGUUUUGAUUUGCACUACUGUCAGCUAACUUUUGUUUUUGUUUUGUUUUGUUUUGUUUGUUUUCACCUACAUGUCACAGAUCUGAUCUCUUUUGUGCCGUUAGAUGGAAACACAUCGUUUAGGAUUAAAAUGUAAAAAGUGUAAAAGCAGCCACACUUUUUCGUUCGGCCUCGUUGGUCUGUUCUCCGCCGAUGACCUCCAUUAGUCGUUAGUAGGCCACCACAGUCCUCUGCCCCUCCGUUAACGUCUCUGUUCAGUCAUCAGUUGGACCUCUUCCCCAGUUUUAGUCAGUCUGAGUAACUUCUCACAACCUUUAUCCAUCCCUCCUGUGUUUGCGAUGACUCCACCUUCCCCCUGCUGGGUUUUUAGCACCACACGCCCACUGUGUGUGUGUGUGUGUGUGUUAGCAGCCAGCUCUCAUUAGUGCAGUUAGUUUGUGACGGCGCCCACGCUGUUGUCGAUCGAUGGUAAAACGCGGGGCAGCGCACAUUCAGCAUGUCACGAUGAGAGCGAAUCAGAGCGAUGACAGAAUAAACCACUCAAGCCUUUAUGUGAAUGACAUCAACACCAACAAGUGAACAGUCUCAAACAAAAAACCCUACAUGGCACAAAUGUUUUUAUGACUUUAAGUGGACAGAAUCAAGUGUCUGGACUCUGAUGUUGAGGCGAACAAAGCAUAAGCUCCUCCUAUCAUGAACAUCUGUACAGUCUAAUGUAAUUAAACACAGUAACAUCUGGAACAAAUACAACCCUAACACCUCACAUCCAGUGCAAAGGAGCGUAGUAGUGUUGGAGCGGUGGAUCAAAUCUUCUAGCGCAGUAAUAUUGAGAUAUUUGAUAUCAUGAUGUUGGAAUCACAGCAGACACUUUGGUGUCUGAAGCAGGAAAAAGUGAAAUUACCAAGAAUAUAAAGAGAGACCCAGAGUCCUGGUACUGUGCGUACUGGUUCACUGUCAGUUUACUGGGACACACAAUGGAACAGAGCCUUCGGUUAACAGAUUCACCUGUGCUGUUUCCUGCUGUGGAAGGCCGCGAUCACACGUACAACAUCGCCUGCCUGCGAGGUGAAACGUCGGUUGUUGGUUGUUGGUUUAAGGGAUCAUCCACACACACGUGUCACCGGUCAAAUAUUGAACUCCACGUGAGGCAGAGAUGCGAUCAGGUUUUAUAGGUGUGUUGAUUUGGCGUACGUGUGAACGCAGCUGAAAAAAGGUCGAAACCACAGAAGCUAAAUGGAAUUCAGCCAACAUUAAUUAAAUCAUUCAAGUCGUGUUGGGAAACUGAAGUUAAACGGAUGUUUAUCUCUCUUACAAAGUCAGUUAAAGUUUGGUUUUUUUUGGCUCAUCAGAAAAAGUCAAAUGUUUUGAGCCUGUUUGAAAUAUUAAAUGAAACAUUUUAAAGGAUUGUAGCCAGCGUUCGGUUGGUUCGUUCUAACUGGGCUGCUGUAGAAACAUGGCAUGCUCUGUGAAAUAAAGAUAGAUAUAAAUAAUUCAGAUUUCAGGUGAAUAAAAACAGAGUUCUGCAUAUUGGAAUAAAGUCUGAAAAUAAAUCUGAACCUUUGAGAGUCACGGCAGAUGUUAAAGUACAGAUGUUGUACAGUAUUCCUGCUGUUACAUCAUUUACCACUAAAAUAAGUGUCGCAGCACUAAAGCACACGCACAGAGACAAAUGACAGAUUGAUCACCGUGUGUGACACGUUUUACUUUGCACUGCAUGACGGGUGUUUUGGUGUAAACUCCUCUGACCACGGCGUGACUGUUCCCCCACCGAACCUUUCCAGUAGAAGAUCUGUCGUGUAUUUUUCUUUCUGUUUUUGUUCCUCUCUUACUGCUGAUCGAAUUCUCGUCCUCUGUAAAUAAACCCCCCCCCUCGACAAAUCAGAAA